UGGGGCUAAUAAUAAACAUCCUGAGUAAUGAGUGGCCUGGGCCAGAGGAGGCGAGGUGGCCGGAGCCGGCGGGCAGGCAGAGGAGCGCUAAACAAGAUCUUGCUGAGUUGCUGAGGCUGGCCACCCACGUGCAUCGUCCUGUUCCGGCCUUCCAAGUCACUGGGAUCACAGCUCCACAGGGCCUGUGGCUUGGGGUGGCUAUGAGAUCCUGCCCUGAGGAGAAGUACUGGGACUCCUUGCUGAACGGCUGCAUGUCCUGCAAGCCAAUCUGCAGCCAGCGGAGACCGAGCACCUGCGCAGCCUUCUGCAAGUCCCUCAGUUGCCUCAAGGAGCAAGGCAAAUAUUACGACCGUCUCCUGAAAGACUGCGUCAGCUGCACCCCCAUCUGUGGUCAGCACCCCAAGCAAUGUGAAUACUUCUGUGAGAACAAACUCCGGAGUCGAGUGAACCUUCCACCCCAGCUCAGGAGGCCGCAGACAGGGGAGACGGAAACCAGGUCAGAUAACUCAGGAAGGUACCAGGGAUUGGAACACAGAGGCUCAGAGGCAGGUCCAGUCCUCGUAGGACCCAAGCUGAGCGCCGACCAGCUGGUCCUGAUCUACAGCACGCUGGGGCUGUGCCUCUGCACCAUACUCUGCUGCUUCCUGGUGGCCGUCGCCUGCUUCCUCAAGAGGAGGGGAGGUCGGCUCUCCAGCCAGCCCAGGGCAGGGCGGUGCAGAACCCGGAACAAGUCCUCCCACGACCCCGCGAUGGAGGCUGGCAGCUGUGCGGACGCGCCGCCCGAGCCGGUGGAGACGUGCAGCUUUUGCUUCCCGGAGCGCAGGGCGCCCACCCAGGAGAGCGCAGGCGCGCUGCAGGCUCCGGAUGCUGCGGGCCAGGACAGCGGGGUGCACCACGCGGGAACGGCCGCCCCGCAGCCCUGCGCGCACGCCACCACCAACGGCUGUUUUGGUGUCGUGUGCGCGCCCGCCCUGGACGGGGUCCCCGGUGAAUGAAAGCUGGGUGACCAGGACGCAGGGAGACGAGGAGGGAGAUAAGAGGAAGAAAUGAAGAGACUAUGGAGGGAGUGAGCGACCGGCAGGGAAUGGGGCAGAGAGAGAGAGAAAUCGAGAGGAGGAGGACAGACAGAGGAAAGAGGAGAGGGGACAGGUGCCAGAACUCGGACAUGGACAUCCUUUAUCCCCCGUUCCGUGCAAACCGUAAGUCGCCGUCACCUAAACACACACGCAAUAAAGUCAUCUGUGCAUGCUGGUCGCGGCUCCAAGAGACCUUUUCCCUGUAAAAUAAACAUUUUCCCUCUCCUC